AUGAGCCAUACGCCGCAGAACGCAACUCCCUCGAAUGCCGAUUCCAUCUCUCGAUUUCAACCUCCCUCCAGUCCGCUGAUUCGCGUACAAGCUCCCUCCGCCGACCUUACAAACAAUCCUGAGAAUCCAAAGGCAAAUAUAGACCCGAAAGAUUAUUGGAAUGACGGGAAACAACAUCAAGAUGUUGCCCCUGCACCAAAUGGUAACGGAGCCGCACUUGGGCUAAUAAACAAUAAGCAACCCCCAGUAACCCAUGAUGAGCCGGAUCAGAAUUUGGAGCCCGACGGCCCUACAGGAGAUCACGAUGGCUCUGCCGCAACAGGGAGAAAAAGCGUCCAGUUCGCGAGACCGGAGCCUCAACUGCUGUCAACCGCCGGCCACAGUCGGCAAGGUUCAUGGGAUGGCCCGGAAACCCCUGGAAGACAUAAAAGCUCGUCUAUAAUGUCUAAACUAAAAGCCCUGGCAACGGCCCCCAGUUCUCCGUCACUCAAAUCACCAGCUGCGCCGUUUGCCGAAACUGCUUCCCAGUCCGUUACCAACUCGCCUACCAAUACUCGCUCAGGUACUCGGCUUCCAGAUACUCUCAUCGAGGAGCAAUCUGAUGCUGAUGCUGAUGCCGACGUCGACGACACUGCAGACGAAUCAGCUAUUCCUACAAAUGGCGCCCAGAAGAAGAGAAAACGCAGAAUGCGCCGGUUUAAGAAGGGUCAUCUGUCAACUCCUUCUACUCCCAUUCGUUUCGCAACCGACGUGGACGCAUGGGGCGCGUAUAAUCGACUACUAAGAAGACGGGCAAGUAUGCCGGACACUUCCAUGGCCUCUCAAAACCCUGAUCAAGUAAUGUCGGAUGGAGAUGCUCGAGGCGGCCCUGCCCGUCGACCAUUCCGGCGCGGACAUUCAUAUGUGGGAACUACCAUGCGGCCUCCUGGCGAGGGUGAAGAUCUCAAUGACAUGGAGAGCUCUGCGGUAGUAGGUCGCCGUGCCGGCCAUGUGCGGAGAAUCACUGUCUUUGGCGGAGGCGGCGUGUCAGACGGUGAUGCCUUGACACCUCGUCGACCAUUCUUCAACUCCGAGCGAGCUUCCAACUUUGGUGCACAAAAGUGGAAACAGGUAAAGAGUACCCUGAAGCUCUUGCGACAGAAGAAAGAAGACCGGUUUGACUACUUCAAAUCUGCAGAACUAAUGGCAGAGCUGCGGGCUGGCGCGCCAGCGGUCUUGAUGCUUGCUAGUAUGAUACAAAGGGACGAGCAUGGGAAUAAGAGGAUCCCUGUUCUCCUUGAACAACUGAAGCUUAAAAUCCAAGACAGUGCACCUAUCCCGGACGAUGACAAGGAGAGACACUGGAUUUUCACAAUCGAACUUGAGUAUGGUAGUGGCCCAAGCCGAAUGAGCUGGACUGUGAUCCGAACCAUCAAGGACAUCUACAACCUCCAUUUCAGGUACCGCUUUGCCCUCAACAACGACAAGUACAUGCUUGGAAGAGACCUUGGAGCUCGCCCGAAGCAGCCCAAGUUUCCCUACUCUGCAUUUCCGUACUUGCGACGAGCUCGAAACAAAGAUGACGACAGCGACGAGGAAGACCAAGUGAGCGUUCGAGGUGAUGAGACUGGGGGUGAAGGAACUGGCGGAGAAGCCACAGCACCAGAGGAUCAUGGUGACGGAACACACGACGGCCAACACCAACCGACGAGAAAAAAGUCUCGAGCCAAUCUUUGGGGAAUGAGGAGACGCUCAACAGGUUUCACGGACCCCGGAGAGAUGUCGAACGCCGAGGGCGCCGGUCAAGCUGUCGACGUGGUCACCCGCAGACAACGUUAUGUGGAUAAGCAAAGGCGCAUCUUGGAAAAGUAUCUUUCGGAAAUGAUACGAUGGCUCAUGUUUAGAGCGGAUAGCAACCGGCUUUGUCGAUUCCUGGAACUGUCUGCUCUCGGUGUUCGGCUUGCUGCAGAAGGUAGCUAUCAUGGCAAGGAGGGAUAUCUACAUAUUCAGUCAUCCAAGGGGCUUGAUUUCCGCCGAGUCCUUACACCUGCAAAGGUCAUUGCUCGUCACAGUCGUAAAUGGUUCUUGGUUCGCCAGAGCUACAUUGUCUGUGUCGAGUCGCCGGAGAACAUGAACAUAUACGAUGUGUAUCUCGUGGACUGCAAGUUCAGCAUCGUCUCCAAGAAGAGUGCUCUUAAACAGAUUGGCUCCAAGGAUAAAAAGAAGGAGAUUGAUCUCACUGUGGAAGCACCACCUGAAAGGCACCACACAUUAACGCUGCACACAUCCGAGCGCAAAGUAAGGCUGUUUUCGAGGAAUCAAUCCGUUAUGAAGCAGUUUGAGGAUUCGAUCAAUGAAAUGCUCAAACAAUCUGCGUGGUAUCAGAAAAAGCGAUUCAACAGCUUUGCCCCUGUCCGAAAUGGAGUAUUUGCGCAGUGGUUAGUGGAUGGCCGAGAUUAUAUGUGGAAUGUCUCUCGUGCAAUCAACAUGGCCAAAGAUGUUAUUUAUAUUCACGACUGGUGGCUAAGCCCUGAGCUCUACAUGCGUCGACCAGCGUGUAUCAGCCAGAAAUGGCGGCUUGACAGACUCUUGCAGAAAAAGGCACGAGAAGGCGUCAAGAUUUUCGUCAUCAUCUACCGGAACGUUGAAGCCGCCAUUCCCAUCGACUCCGAGUACACAAAGUUCUCGCUAUUGAACCUUCAUCCAAAUAUUUUUGUUCAACGAUCACCCAACCAGUUUAAGAAGAAUCAAUUUUUCUUUGCGCAUCAUGAGAAGAUUUGUAUUGUAGACCAUGAUGUAGCUUUCCUAGGCGGUAUUGACCUGUGCUUUGGCCGCUGGGAUUGCCCACAACAUCCCAUCGUCGAUGACAAGCCUACUGGAUUCGAAAUGACAGAGCAGCCAAAGGAUGCAGAGCACUGUCAAUUGUUCCCGGGAAAGGACUACUCGAACCCCAGAGUUCAGGACUUUUUCAGACUUAAUGAGCCAUAUGAGGAAAUGUACGACCGCAGCAAGGUACCCCGAAUGCCAUGGCAUGACGUUUCUAUGCAGGUUGUCGGGCAACCCGCACGCGAUUUGACUCGCCAUUUUGUCCAACGAUGGAACUACCUUCGCCGUGGACGGAAGCCAACGCGGCCUCUACCUUUCUUGCUGCCGCCCCCGGAUGCCAAGUUUGACGAAUUGGAAGCACUUGGAUUGACUGGAACGUGUGAGGUCCAGAUGCUUCGUUCGGCGAGCACUUGGUCCCUCGGCACCGAUGAGACGGAACACAGCAUCCAGAACGCCUAUAUCAAGAUGAUAGAGGACUCGGAUCAUUUCGUCUACAUGGAGAAUCAGUUCUUCAUCACAAGUACGGAGGCGUACAAUACCAAGAUUGUCAAUCGUAUCGGAGAUGCCUUGGUUGAGCGUAUUAUUAGGGCGUACGAAAACGGAGAAGACUGGCGUUGCGCGAUUAUGAUUCCCUUAAUGCCAGGAUUCCAGAACACGGUAGAUGAGCAAGAAGGAACCAGUGUCAGACUGAUUCUCAUGUGCCAGUACAAGAGUAUCUGCCGAGGUGAACAGUCCAUCUUUGGACGGCUGCGCGCCGUCGGAAUUGAGCCCGAAGACUACAUCAGCUUUUACUGCUUGCGCCAAUGGGGUGUAAUGAGUAACGACGCCCUUGUAACGGAGCAGUUGUACAUCCAUGCCAAGACCAUAAUUGUUGAUGACCGAGUUGCACUGAUUGGAUCCGCCAACAUCAACGAGCGUUCCAUGCUCGGGUCGCGAGAUUCUGAAUGCGCUGCGAUUGUCCGGGACACGGAUAUGAUUACAUCCACGAUGGCUGGAAAGCCUUAUCAGGUCGGCCGAUUUGCGCAUACUCUUCGGCUGCGUCUUAUGCGGGAGCAUCUAGGUCUUGACAUUGACGAGAUUCUGGAACAAGAGCGGCAGCAGGAAAUGGACCGAGAUGCCUUUGAGCAAGAAAUGGAAGGGAUCUAUCGCGAAGAUGGCGCUAAUCCGGGCGUUGGGUCAAGCACGGCUCGACGCGACAGUCUCUUGAACCCUCGCCAGCGAAGCUUCAAUUAUGAAAUGGACAUGGAACAGGCCAAGGCCAUUCAUGACGACCCUGUAUCAUCUUCAUCAUCCUCCUCGUCAGAUUCCGAGACGGCAUCUAAGAAAGGAAAGAAGACGGACUCUGGCAUGAGUCCACAACAGAAGAAGAAGCAACAGCUGGAUGUUUCUGGAUAUGGGCCGGAUCAAUGGAGGGCUGCAGAGAAAUCUGGCCUAGAUGAGGGUCGAGAUUCUGUUAUAGUUGCCGGCCGCGAGGUGCUAGUUCAUGCUAUCAACACUGAUGGGAAAGGAACAGUCAGCCACCCGAGUGCACCACAUGAGCCCGAUCUCUCGUCACAUAGACAGAACGCUGAAUCAGACGGCCACGGACCCGGAGAUCUUCCCCCGAUGCCGGCAAUGAACAGACGUACGACGGAGCAGCUGGGCCUUCUCCGUCCAGCCCAACUCCCACCCCUACCGGUAGCUGAUGACACAGAUAUUGGAGGCCCUGCUGUGCACGUCGAUCCUACUACUGGCCGUCCAAAGAGCGGUGCGUUCCAUGCCAUGGCUGGAGAUAUCAAACCGGCGGACAUCACCAAAGACUGCAUGCGAGACCCGCUGCUACCCAGUUUCUUUGAUGAUAUUUGGAAUCGUGCCGCCGUGAAUAAUACCAAGAUCUAUCGCAGAGUCUUCCGCUGCAUGCCAGACUCUGAAGUUACGACUUGGCAAGAAUAUCGCGAGUAUAUGGAUUACGGAACGCGUUUCCGCGCCAGCAUGGAAGGUAAACCUGUUGGGGAGGAAACCGAAUUGAAACCGGACGGAAGUAGCCAUAUGGAGUCGACCGCUGGGGGAGCUGGCAUCGGAGCCCCUGGUCCUGAGGCGAUUGUGGCUGCCGCCAAGGAGAAAAUAACAGAAAAGGUAACGUCUCUCGAACAGGGACUGAACAAGCUUAAUAUAACGACGACACAAAACGGAGAGGCGGAGAUAAGUGAAAAGACGGGGGAUCUUGGUGAAAAAACAACUGGUCGUCUAAAUUCGAAUCCUACGCAAGGAUCAGGAAAAGGGGCAGACGCCCCGUCAACAACAGCAGUGAACGGUGAUGCGGCCUUCCCUGCCCUUGAAGAAACCACUAGCAAACUUUUGGAGCCACAGGCUAGCAGAAACACGGAUCGCAAGACUACAUUCUCGACGCUGGAAAAGCCCCCCUCGCGUGAGAAUCCUUCUAUACCCGCACAGGCUCAGUUCGGAUCUGUCAAGAAGCGUCGCCGUGCCACUACGAAAGGCAGCCGCCGCGGAUUUACAAUCGACGAUAUGCCAUCCCGAGCCGAUGCCGAAGAGCUGCUCAAGAUGAUUCAGGGAAAUGUUGUGCAGUUUCCGUAUGACUGGCUCUUGACGGAGGAGCAAAACGGAAACUGGGGCUACCAGGUCGAUGGUGUUGCGCCGUUAUCAAUCUAUGACUAG